AUGCGGGACCCGCUGACAAAGAGAUCCAGGGGCUUCGGGUUCGUCACGUUCAUGGACCAGGCUGGCGUCGACAAGGUCCUGGCCCAAUCCAGACAUGAACUGGACUCCAAGACGAUUGACCCGAAGGUAGCGUUCCCCCGCCGAGCACAGCCCAAGAUGGUGACCCGAACGAAGAAGAUAUUUGUGGGUGGUCUGUCUGUGAACACUACUGUGGAGGAUGUGAAACAAUAUUUCGAGCAGUUCGGGAAGGUGGACGAUGCGAUGCUGAUGUUCGACAAAACAACCAACCGACACCGAGGGUUUGGGUUUGUCACAUUUGAAAGUGAAGACAUUGUGGAAAAAGUGUGUGAAAUCCACUUCCAUGAGAUCAACAACAAGAUGGUGGAGUGUAAAAAAGCUCAGCCGAAGGAGGUGAUGUCCCCAACGGGCUCGGCACGAGGGCGGUCCCGAGUCAUGCCUUACGGGAUGGAUGCCUUCAUGCUGGGGAUCGGCAUGCUGGGUUAUCCAGGCUUCCAAGCUGCCACCUAUGCGAGUCGAAGUUACACUGGCAUUGCACCUGGCUACACUUACCAGUUCCCUGAGUUCCGUGUAGAGCGGACCCCUCUCCCGAGUGCCCCCGUCCUCCCCGAGCUCACAGCGAUCCCCCUCACUGCGUAUGGACCGAUGGCGGCAGCAGCGGCUGCGGCGGCCGUGGUGCGAGGGACAGGUUCCACCCCCAGUCGCACCGGUGGAUUCCUGGGCACCACCAGCCCCGGGCCGAUGGCAGAGCUUUAUGGAGCCGCCAACCAGGACUCAGGGGUCAGCAGUUACAUCAGCGCUGCCAGUCCAGCCCCGAGCACCGGCUUCGGGCACAGCCUAGGGGGUCCCUUGAUUGCAACAGCUUUUACCAAUGGGUAUCACUGAAGCUGGGGACCAAGAAGGCAGGAGAUUCCCCAGUGACCUAACCGAGGACAGCAAGCGGCUGGAGGAUCUGGUGAGCCUCGGGGGAUGAGCCAAGGUUACCUUUCUCUUGAAUCAAACUGCACACUGCCGGCUGGCUGCCAGGCUCCUGCCGCCCUGCCCCGAUCUCUCCCUUUGACCAGACCACACUGGACUGAACCCGAGGAGAUCAUCUCGCUUUCUUACUAACCACCGACGGUUUACGCUUCCCCCCUCCCUGCCCCCAGCCCACUGAUUCUUCUUUUAUUUAUUUUAUUAGCUGUUAGUUUUAUUUUUUUAUUUUAUUUUUUUAUCUUUUUUUUUGGGGGGCUGCCCCUUCUUUUUGUUGUUUGCUCUUUCCCGAGCUAGUAGACAUAUUUUAUGAAUUGGCUUUGUGAUUGUGUUAGGUAGGUUUCAUUGAGGAGUAUUUUUAUUUGGCUUUGAAACUGUUUUGAAUAUUUUCAACUCUGUUGUUGUUGUCGUCAGUGUUUUUAAAGCACGGUAUGUAACAAGAAUGCAGUUCUGAAGGGAAGAAAGAGACACAGAGAGAGCAAAGGCUGAGAGGAACUGCUGUAUUUCUAUUUUUUUUAAAGAAACUGUUUUUAAUUGUUUCUGUUUUGUAAAUGUGAGGCUUUGAAAAGUGUGAAACUCCAAGGAUCCGAAAACGUUGGACAUCGCUAUGGAACAAAACAAAUGUAUAUUUUGCUAAGUGAAAAACACUAUCCUUACAGCUGAAAGAUUUUUUUUUUUUCCUAGGUUUAGUUUUACGUGGGGUUUUCUUUUUCCUCCUGUAUAAUAUGUAAAUAUCGCGAGCUGAACCUGGCUGCCGCCUGCAGCCUGGCUCCAAGGAGCAGCUCCAGGUCCUGGACUUGGAGCCGCAGCGUGAGCAAUACUCUCCAGCAGAAUCCUGACAGGACUCCGUUCUUUUUUUGUACACCUUUUACUGUAAGAUUUAAGAUUUUAAGACCUCUGAUGAGAUGAAAGCG